CGCCCGCGCGAGGGUCCCUCCAAGAUGGCGGCGCAGAGGAGGAGUCUGCUGCAGAGUGAGCAGCAGCCCAGCUGGACGGAUGACCUGCCGCUCUGCCACCUCUCCGGGGUGGGCUCGGCCUCCAACCGCUGCUAUUCAGCUGACGGCAAGAGCACCGAGAGCCACCCACCGGAGGACAACUGGCUCAAGUUCAGGAGUGAGAACAACUGCUUCCUGUAUGGGGUCUUCAACGGCUACGAUGGCAACCGGGUGACCAACUUCGUGGCCCAGCGCCUGUCGGCAGAACUGCUGCUGGGCCAGCUCAGUGCUGAACACACAGAGGCUGAUGUGCGCCGGGUGCUGCUGCAGGCCUUCGAUGUGGUGGAGAGGAGCUUCCUGGAGUCCAUCGACGAUGCCUUGGCUGAGAAGGCCAGCCUGCAGUCCCAGCUGCCAGAGGGUGUCCCACAGCACCAGCUGCUGCCUCAGUAUCAGAAGAUCCUGGAGAGACUCAAGGUGCUAGAGAGGGAGGUUUCGGGAGGAGCCAUGGCCGUCGUGGCUGUCCUUCUCAGCAACAAGCUCUACGUGGCCAACGUUGGUACAAACCGUGCGCUCCUCUGCCAGUCCACAGUGGACGGGCUGCAGGUGACGCAGCUGAACGUGGACCACACCACAAGCAAUGAGGACGAGCUCUUCCGCCUCUCGCAGCUGGGUUUGGAUGCAGUGAAGAUCAAACAAGUGGGCGUCAUCUGUGGGCAGGAGAGCACCAGGCGCAUCGGGGAUUACAAGGUCAAGUACGGCUACACCGACAUCGAGCUGCUGAGCGCUGCCAAAUCCAAGCCCAUCAUCGCAGAGCCGGAGAUCCACGGCGCCCAGCCCCUGGAUGGGGUGACCGGCUUCCUAGUGCUCAUGUCUGAGGGGCUCUACAAGGCUCUGGAGGCGGCCCAUGGACCUGGGCAGGCCAAUCAGGAGAUCGCCGCCAUGAUUGACACAGAGUUCGCCAAGCAGACCUCGCUGGAUGCAGUGGCCCAGGCUGUGGUGGACCGGGUGAGGCGUAUCCACAGUGACACCUUCGCCAGUGGCGGGGAGCGUGCCAAGUUCUGCCCCCGGCACGAGGACAUGACCCUGCUGGUGAGGAACUUCGGCUACCCACUGGGUGAACUGAGCCAACCCACACCAACCCCGGCCCCAGCUGCAGGGGGCCGCGUGUACCCGGUGUCCGUGCCUUACUCCAGCGCCCAGAGCACCAGCAAGACCAGCGUGACCCUCUCCCUUGUCAUGCCCUCCCAGGGCCAGAUGGUCAACGGGGCUCACAGUGCCUCCACCCUGGAUGAGGCCACACCCACCCUCACCAACCAGAGCCCGACCCUGACCCUGCAGUCCACCAGCACACACACCCAGAGCAGCAGCUCCAGCUCCGACGGCGGCCUCUUCCGCUCCCGCCCGGCCCACGCACUCCCACCUGCCGAGGAUGGCCGUGUCGAGCCCUACGUGGAUUUUGCUGAGUUUUACCGCCUUUGGAGCAUGGACCACGGUGAGCAGAGUGCGAUGACAGCACCGUAGUCCAGCUGGGUGAGCUGCCCAAGCAAGGCCUGGCAGUGCUCGGACUGUGCCACCCUGUGGGGGUGUCCUGUGCACCAGCCUCCCCUGGCUCCUAGGACUGUAAGGCGUGCACAUGCAGCUUGGACCUGGCCUGCUGGUUCCCCGGAGCACCAUCCAGCUCAGGCAGAGGUCCUAGGGACCUUGAGAGUCACAUCUAAUGGAUGCAGCUCACAAAGCUGCCAUCACCCGGCAGUCUGUGACACUACUGGUGCCUCUCGAUUCUGCACAGCAACUGCCCCCGCAGCCUCAGCCUUGUGCCAAGGCCAGGGGUGCCUGCACCUGUCCUGGUGCUCCAUGCUGAGGAAUGCCAAGGCAGCACCUGGGCCCAACAGAUCCAGUUAGCAGGACCCAGAGGGAGCUGGCCUUAAGAAGCACUGAUCCUGAAGUGUUCUCGGGCAAUGGGUACAAGUCAGGGUGUGCAGCCCAGGGCCUGCUUUCUUGCUUCUGGUGUGAGCGAGGUGGUGGUUGAGGCGGCUGAGGUGCGCAAAACUCCAACUGGAGAUGAAGUCCUUGCCCAGUCCCGGGUAACAGCCAGGCUGUGGGGCUUAGCUCUGGGUGGACCUGGGCCUCAGGGCCAUAUGCGGCCUGCCUUCACCCACAGGAGCAGGAAGGACACCUGUCAGUGGACCCUGCUUGCACUGGGGACACAACCAGAGCCAGCCCAGGCACUGCAGUUCCCUUCUCCAGAGGAGGAAGCAGCGGUGGC